AUGUAUUUGGCGGCCAUCAUCCACGACCAUGAUCACCCAGGAUUCACCAACAAUUUUCUCGUCAAUACCAACGAUCAAAAAGCGCUUCUUUACAACGACAAAUCUGUAUUAGAAAAUCAUCAUGUGGCAUCUUCAUUUAAUGUGCUUCUACAACCCGAAAACAACUUUUUGUCUCAUCUGAGCAAAUCUGAUUUCAAAGCCAUUAGGGAAAUUGUAGUUGACUUGGUAUUGGCUACAGAUUUAACCCAACAUUUUACUUUGUUGUCAAUGUUUAAAGCUAAAGUUGCUAGUUCGGAGACGUUUGAUCCGUACGAAACUCGCGAGGAUCGUAUGCUUCUUUACAAAAUUAUGAUGAAGUGUUCGGAUGUAUCCAACCCAUCCAAAGACAUGCAAUUGUAUGAGAGUUGGUGUAGACUGAUUUCGGAAGAGUUUUAUCGUCAAGGGGAUAUGGAAAAGAAACUGUGCUUGCCCGUAUCACCAUAUAUGGAUCGUGAUAAUGUCAAUAUUCCAAGUUCGCAAGUUGGAUUUAUUGACUACGUCGUUAUGCCACUAUUUGAUGCUCUAGACAAGUUUCAACCUAUUCCAAAUAUCUUGAAUCGUUUGCAGAAAAACAGAGAAUAUUGGUGA